AUGAUAGAAUCACCAAGGAACAACAAAUCAAACGAUAUUUCAGAGUAUAAUAUCCUGCCAACCUAUGAACAUGUGGGUAACUUUGAAGCCUUUGUGGUUACAAGCAGCAACAAGCUAGCCAAAAACACCAGAGAAAACAUUCUCCAGCUUCGAUAGCAGCAGAUCAAGGCAACAAAUGAAAUGAAGAUGAAACUUAAGCUGCCUCAGAUGCCAGUUUCAAACACCAAUAAGUUUCCUUCAAGAGGAAACCUAAGGAAAUUGAACUAGUCUUUCUAUAUAGGUUAAUAGAACUUAAAGGAUCUGUAUACAAAAAGAUAGUUGAAAACUUUGGAAAAGCCCCUGGAUCUCAGUUUUAUGGCUGAUAGCAAAAAUCAGUUCUUUACAAGGAAUCUUGCCAAAACAUUUCAUAUCGAUUCCAAAGGAAAUCAUUAGGCUUCUGUUGAUGGGAAGAUAAAGGUUUAAAAUUAGAAAGAAGUACUUCAUCAUAUUCUUAACUCGCCUGAUUAUUUUAAUAACUAAACGCCUAUCAAUUAGUCUUCUUAUAUCAGACUAAGUGAAUUAACAAACAGGAAAUCUUCCCUAGCAACAUAGAGGCCCUCUCAAUAUUCUUAGUACAUAUUCAAGGAAAAAUAUAAUACUAAUGCGAAUAUCAUAGAGAAUGAUGAAGCACCUAUGACACUGGAGAACACAAAAGUCAGAUCUAGACUAGAUAAUUUCAAGGCAGUUAUAAACUUAGAUCACAAGGGGGUUUUCAAGAAUACCUCCCCUAUUAAUGUGAGGAAGAAUUCUGGUAACAGGGAUGGCAAAGGAAAUACGCAAUAUUACAGGUAUUUGAUGAUGAAAAGUCAUGAUAGAGAAGUAAAAGACAAAAUUAAAUCUAAUAGGGCAAACAUGGUAAUUAAAGAUCGGUUUUUGACAACACUAGAUCAUGCCAAGUAUGAUUCAUUAAUAAUUCAAUCUAUCAAGACAUCAAACAUCAUUAAAUAGAGCAAUUCAAGAACCUAAAUAGAGCCACACAAGCAGAAUCUAACUCUACUGGUUAAGUUAAACUCACCUGAUGAACUCAAGAGUGCAAACAGAUCAAAUAUUACAUCUAGAUAUAAGCAUGCAAGGCAAAGUAGUCAAGAUAACUAAAGGAAUUCAAAUUGUAAUUUACAAGAUGAAGACAUGCAUAUGAGAAAUAAUUAAACAGCAAAUAGUCCUGUAGAUGGUGCUUAGCUUUAAAUAGGAGAGCAUGUAGUGAGUAAAAGUGGAAUAUUUCAAUUCAAUAGUAAAAUCAUCAAUAGCAAUGAUAAAGAUAAUAGUAAUAUUUCAAAUAGUAAGCCAAGGAAAAAUAAUAAAAAGCGUCCAAAUAAAAUCUAGAAAAAAUAGCAGGACAUUAUAAAUACAAUAGAUAAAUUUUCAACUGAUAAUAAAUCAGAUUAAAAUAUUUCGAUGAUCAUUCAUAGUGAUAUAGAUACCUUAUCUCGUGAAAGACUAUUACCAGAGGUUUCUUUUGUAAACAUCAAACUGCCUUCAUUGGCAGCCUAAGGGCUUUAGAAACUUGAGUAAAAUAAGGUCAAAUUUAGUUAGCUUGCCAAAUCUUAUCGCAAUAGUAUUGAGAAGUGGGGUAAAUACGAAAAGGACUGGCAUUACUGGUUGGAGAACUUCGAAAAACAACAUUAUCUGAAAUAUCCAUACCCUCCCAAUAAGUAGGAACUGUUAAUUCAUUUGAUCCUGCUUUAGAACAUGAUUAACAAUUUAGAAAUGGGCCCUCCUAAAAAGGAAUCUAUUAGAAAAGCUUAUUAAAGAGCCAUGGAAAGAGUUAAUAGGAUGAGAUUAGCUGCUAAUAAAGACGUAUUUGAACAGAGAAAAUUGUAUUCUAUAAAGGAAGAACUAGAUGAUUUAUAUAGAUUAUUGUGCUUUUGA